AACACGCCCACGCGCUCACGCGAGACCUGCCCGCGACCAUGGUGCCGCUGCCUCCGCCCCGCCUCAUCAUCACCCUCUCGCCUCUCCUUAGACACGCAUCAUUACACUCCGCGCUCCACUUCUUGCCGUGUCGCUUCUCCAGUCCUGUCAUGUCCUCUCUCUUGCUUGCUUGCGGUGCACCGCGAGCUAGCUAUAUAUAGCCAGCCGAGCCGGCUUCUGUUUCCCACUCCCAACAGUGAGGCGACGACAACGGCAGACGAGGCCAUGAACGCCUUCUUUACGUCCCUGGCGCGCGGGCUUGACGACCUUGGCCGUGCCGGAGGACUGUCGUCGCUGCCGGCUCUGCUCCGGGCCGCGGUGCUGCUCAGGGGGCUGCACUCGCAGCUCACGCUCAUGGUCGGCCAGCUCCACCUGCCGCCCGGCGGCCGAUGGCUCGACGAGUACAUGGACGAGACCGCGCGCCUCUGGGACGCAUGCCUCGCCAUCAAGCUCGGCCUCGCCGCCGUCGAGCGCUACUACGCGGCGGCCUCCUGCGCCGCCACCGCGCUGGAUGAUUGGCUCCAGGACCCCUCCCCUCUCUCCACUCGCCAGGUGAUGAGGGCGAUCUCGGCGUCGAGAAGGGAGGCGAUGGCCGCGGAGGAGGAGAACCGCGCGCUCUCGGACGCGAGGAUCGCGCCGCUCUCGCUGCAGCUCGACGAGCGUCUGCUGCUGCGCGGCACGGACGCCAGGCUCACCGGCUUCAACGGCUUCCGGGGGCUCCUCUACGCGCUGCACAACGCGAGCUCGCUCCUCUUGCUCAUCCUCGCCUGCGGCACCGUCUCCUGCUCCUGCAGCGCCGCAGGCAUCCCGUGCGCGGCGGAGGGCGCGGACGCCGGCGGCGGCUUCAUGGCGUCCAUCGCAAUGCUGCAGCAGAGGAUGGCGGAGGAGGCCGAGGACGCCGGCGCGCCGGGGAUCAGGAUGUGCGAGUUAAGGUGCGCGCGCGCCGCCGUGGAGGCCGCGUGCGAGGAGGUGGAGCGAACCGCCGCCGCUGGCCGCAAGUGCGAAGACGGCGGCGUCAAGGACAAGGUGGAGGAGCUGAAGGUGUGGCUGGACGUGCUCCGGACCGGCACCGAGAGCCUGGUGUGCCAACUCGAUAACUUCCUCGACGACAUUGUCGAGGGCAGGAAGGAGCUCUCCGACCUGUGCAGCCAAUGAUCGACCCGUCCGAAUUCCGUCGAUCAUAUCGCAGAGGCUCACAGUCCCGCCCUGAACGAAUGAAUGAAUGAAGCUUGUUGCUUGCU